GGACCCUGUAGAUCAUAAUCUUGAACUAGUCAGGAAAAUAGGCUUCUAGCAGAUAAAAUACCCAAAUUUGAAAAAUGUUACACUGUCAUAAGAAUGUAACUAGCUUUAUUGGGGGUUAAAUUAUUAAAGACUACUUAUAAAAAUAAUCGCAGAAGAUUGAGUUACAGGUGAUAAAUAGGUGACCUUAACUAGGCAAAAAUAAAAAUAUAGCUGAUAGCUAAUAGAUGUAAAAGAAUAAGAGAAUGUGAGUAAAGACAAGAGAUACUUAACUUGCAUCUUAUAGGGUAGAGACAAAAUGGAUACUGUCCAUUCUCAGUGGAGUGUCACGCAGAGAUUUAAAUAUUGUUAUGGUUUCGGUGCUUCUCAGAUGACUUCAAAACACUUAUUCAUCAAUCAUUAAGAGGAAGUCAGUAGUGUCAUAUUUAGGAUUUUACUUCUGUGAAGAGACACAAUGACCAAGACAACUCUUACAAUGGAAAGCAUUUAGUUGGAGCUGGCUUACCAUUCAGAGGUUUAGUCCAUUAUCAUAAUGGUGGGACAUGGCAGUAUGCAGGUAGACAUGGUGCUGGAGAAGGAGCUGAGAGUUCUACAUCUGGAACUGCAGGCAACAUGAAGAGAGAGAGCUUCUGGGCCUGGCUUGAGCAUGUGAAACAUCAAAGCCCACCCCUAGUGAUACACUUCCUCCAACAAAGCCAAACUUAUUCCAAAAAGGCCACACCUCCUAAUAGUGCCACUCCCUGUGAGUCUAUGGGGAGCAUUUUUAUCCAAACCACCACAGUGAGGUAAUAAAAUAAGCUCAAUCUUGGCAUGCUGUGGUGCAAACAAUAGUAUUUAAAGUAAUUCAGGAACUAAGAUUCGAGUUUCUCCUACAGCAUUGUGUGAGCAUCAUCAGCAUAACUCAAGCCAGACACUUCUAGGAGUGCCUGUUUAAGGGGGAUCAGCAAAGAUGCAGGUAAGAGAUCAGAUAAAGAAAAAAAAAGGCUAAAGCAUCCAUUAAACACAGGGGAAGAAGUAAAUACUACAAAAGUACUUGUGGAAAUGUAACUGUUUAAAAACCACACAUGCCUUUGCCCAUACUAUCUGCUUUUAUUUUCUGCUUCCUAGUAACUUCUGUUUGUAUGACCUCUGGCAUGGUGCUGAAAAUAGAUACAGGAAGGGUGCUAAGGUGAAAUAGGAUAAGGGAAGUGAAGGAGGCCAGCAGGGAGACAGGAAACACAUGGAGAACCUGAGAAGAAGGCCAGGUUGUAGGUUGUAGAGCACAUCUGUCCCCAGAAGCUAGGGCUUUACAGGAGGAUCACCCACAACCAGGCAGAAGGAAGCUGGGGCAAAAUAGACCUUAUUUCUCACCCAUCUUCAUGGACUAGGGUCCAUCCUCCCAGGUAAGGGCAGGAUGGAGAGGGCCAGGAAUCCGGAGGGGAUAAGAGAGCCUCCAGCAUAUCUUAUGGCCUCAUCCACCUACAACCCUGUGAUCCCUCAGCGGCCGUAGCUGCUGCAAACUCCUAGUUUCUGUUUCCAGCUGAGUACCUGGAGUCUGCCUCAUCACAGUCAGACUCUAGAGUAGACUUCCUGAGGCCACCAUGCUGGUGCAAUCGGCUGCAGUGGACAUGGUGGGAUUUCAAAACAUGCUGCUAUCAGGUCCAGUCCACGUGCAAAUGUGUGCACAUGACUCUACUGCGUACACGAAACAGCAGCCAUUGUAGCAAUGUGAUUGGCUUGCCACAGGGCUCAAAUGAUAACAGUGCCACCUCCAGAGAGCCUUCUGCCAUCCAGAUGUGGUGACAUGAAUCUGCGAUAUGCACAGCUACUCCGUACCUGGGCCUGAUGCAUUCUAGAUGAGAGACUCCAAAGGAAGGUAUUAGUGAGUGAGGAUACCCAGGGAAUGGAUACUCAGGGGAGGAUCUGUUUCACCUAGCAAAGACAUAACUGUGGACCUCGGCUCCUGGACACCAUACCUGCCACAUCUCUGAGAAAAGCAAUAAAGAUUAACGCUGUUUUUAAGAACUGGUCCUCUCUCCUUCUCAGUGUUUCCAAGAAGAAUCAUAUAGCAGCUUUACACUCAUCUGAUGCUUCUGCCAGAGAAACAAGGCAAAGGAUAUACAGAAGGUCACUACUUCCUUAUGACUCCAUACUGUAGUGUCUUACGAGGGAGCUGUGCGAAUGCAUGACUGCCAGAGAGACAGGACAAGAAUGUGAGUGAUGAAUCGCAAAACCCAGCUAGCCACUCCAAAGAAAGAUUUCUCCCCAUGAUUCAAGGGCCUUAGAGAUCCUUCAACAUCAAAUGAAAAGAUGCAGCCAGCAGACAGAAAAUGAAAGCCACCCAAGCGCUGGAGGGUGCCCUUGCAGCCACUUCUGUCCAGGUUCCGAGUUUCUCUCCACGAUGGUCUGUAACAGCACAUCCAUCGGGACUUACGAACAUCUGCUGCAGAAUGUGAGCAAUGCUUUGGACCCCGGGGCCACCCCACUGUCCGCACCACUCAGGAUCUCGCUGGCAAUAACGAUGCUGCUGAUGAUCGUGGUAGGGUUCCUCGGGAACACGGUGGUCUGCAUCAUCGUGUAUCAGAGGCCGGCCAUGCGUUCAGCCAUCAACCUGCUGCUGGCCACCUUGGCCUUCUCUGACAUCAUGCUGUCCUUAUGCUGCAUGCCUUUCACGGCCAUCACCCUCAUCACUGUCCGCUGGCACUUCGGGGACCACUUUUGCCGGCUCUCAGCUACACUCUAUUGGUUUUUUGUCCUAGAGGGCGUGGCCAUCCUGCUCAUCAUUAGCGUGGACCGCUUUCUCAUCAUCGUGCAGCGUCAGGACAAGCUGAACCCACGCAGGGCCAAGGUGAUCAUCGCAGCCUCCUGGGUGCUGUCUUUCUGCAUCUCUGCGCCCUCCUUCACCGGCUGGACGUUCAUGGAGGUGCCGGCUCGGGCCCCACAGUGCGUUCUGGGCUACACUGAGUUCCCAGCCGAACGCGCCUACGUGGUGAUGCUGGUGGUGGCAGUGUUCUUCGCGCCCUUCGGCGUCAUGCUGUGCUCCUAUCUGUGCAUCCUCAACACGGUGCGGAAGAACGCCGUCCGCGUGCACAACCAGUCAGACAGCCUGGACCUCAGACAGCUGACCAGGGCUGGCCUGAGACGGCUCCGGCGGCAGCAGCAGCAGGUCAGCCUGGACCUGAGCUUCAAAACCAAGGCCUUCACCACCAUCCUCAUCCUCUUCGUGGGCUUUUCGCUCUGCUGGCUGCCCCACUCAGUCUACAGCCUGCUGUCUGCGUUCAGUCGGCGGUUCUACUACAGCGCCUCCUUCUACACCACCAGCACGUGCGUCCUGUGGCUCAGUUACCUCAAGUCCGUCUUCAACCCCAUCGUCUACUGCUGGAGGAUCAAGAAAUUCCGCGAGGCCUGCAUAGAGUUGCUUCCCCAAACUUUCCAAAUCCUCCCAAAAGUGCCUGAGCGGAUCCAGAGGAAAAUCCAGCCGAGCACGGUCUACGUGUGCAAUGAAAACCAAUCCGCUGUCUAGGGAGCGGGUCAGAGCAGGCCAACAGACCACUCCAAAGGGUCCCUGCUCAGACCCUGCUCCCUGGCUUUUAGUUGUCUGCGUCUUGUAGUGACGACACAAGCACAAAGGUACUCAUUUAUUUCCAGGUGAUGUGUGGCUUUCAACUUUCCGAUUUCCGUAAGACGAAUAAUGAUUAUUUUUCUCUCUCAGAAAAAAAAACAAAAAACAAAACCAUAUAUAGUUCUAAUGGGAGUUGGGGCUUGCAGGAGCUGGCCAGAAAAUGAGAGAGGAUGAGGGGAAGCAGAAAGUGAAGCGGGCUGAGGGCGGGGCAAGAGGAGGAUCUAUCAAAAAGAGCACAUCACGUUCAUCCCAGCCCCCAUGCUACAUGCUCAAGAGAGGAGGCCCCUGGUGGCAGAUUGUGGUGCCCUUGUUGGGUCGGAUGCCAGCGUAUCUGCAGGGCCUGGGUAUGGUGCAGAGGUCUCCAUAAAUGUUCAACUGUGUGUUUCCGAUCAUGAAAAAUUAUCCUUUCUGGAAAGGAGUGGAGCUCACAUUGGGAUGUUCUUGAGAUCCACAGUAUGACAGGAGGUGGAUGUGUGUGUGUGGGGGGGGGGCGGGGUGACAGUGGCCCAAAGCUCAAAAUGUACCUUGUGACAGCUUAACUGAAAUGAGAAGUCCACCUGGAUCCUUGGGCGUGUGCCCACCCCUCACACAUCCGGCUAGCCUGACAGUCUCUAUCCCUCUGUCCCUGUGUUGGCCACCUUGUUUUCAUCCUUUCCGGUGUGCUAAGAACAUAGUGUUACUCGUCCACUGGGCAAGUAUUUGUAGUGACAUGCUCUCAGAAGCAGGAGCAACCAGUGACUUAGCUUUGUUUACACAUCUCCUCUGGACAACCCAGAGCCUUGUGAGGCACCAAAUCCACAUCAGUACUAGAACUGCUACAGGAACAGAACAGACACUCCCUUCCCCAAAGCUGGGCUUAUACCCAUCCAUCUCUGUUCCUCCUACCUCACUCAUGCCCACUGCUGCCGACAAAUCCUCGUGCCCAGGACCCGAUUCUGGGGGUGAAGCUCCUUCGAGGAGACAUUUUGCUUGUAGCCUAUGCUUGGCCACUAUGCUCGUUGGCCGCCCAUAUUGACCAAGAGCUUCUGGUGUAGGAAGGUGAGUUCUGACCGUUCAGGACACAGCAGUGGGUCCAUUGAGCUCUCUUUACACAGUCAGACCUGAAGAGAGGGAGAAAUGAAGAAAACAGGAUUCCAGGUCUGACUCUAUCAGGGACCAGUCAGUAAUCUUGUUCAUUUUAUCAUCUGUCAGCCUCAGUUUACCCAUUUGUCAAAGGAGGAAACAAAUCUCCAUGACUUCAGUCUCCUUGAGUCUACACUUGAUUGUAGCCAAAAAGCUGAGAAGAGGUAAGUCCCCUUGAUUCUAAACUGGAAGUUUUUCUGCCUGAAAUCACCAGAUCCCUUGCAUUUAUUUAUUCAUCCAUAUGAUGGGCAUCUAUUAAGUAAGUGCCUAUUGGAUGAAAUGCACUGUGCAAGUGACAGUGACAAAAAAAAAAAAGGCUGGAAUGCACCCAAAACCAGUUGUCUGAUUUCUGUCAGGGGUGUGAGAUCUCAGCCCAAGAGCACAGAAGUUCCGGUUGGCUUCAUUUUUAUUUCUUUCCAAGUUGUACUCAGAGGCCAGCUCCCUACUCUCCUACCCUCUUCCUGUGGUAGUGGUGAUGGAGGCAGUGAAGGAAGGUGGAGUGUGCAAAAGAACCUAACUUACGUUAACCUCAGCCCAGGGGAGGGUCUGUCAAGACAGUGAUUGACCAGUUUUCACCAACCAGGAGGGAAAGAGAGAGAAAAGAUGGGGCUGGUGUGUAGUUUAUUAAAGGCUGGUGCCACCAACCCUGUGCCUCCCCCAGUGCCCCAACAAGGCUAGGGUUGGCCUCAGCUUCCAUGGGUCAAGUUCACAGGGCCCAAGGGUGCCCAAGAGAAUUGCCAGACUACUGUGGGGGGCAAGCCUAUGGGCACCUCCCCUCCAGUGGUAUUUUAGAGAAUUUUUAUUCAGGAACCUUGAGCAAAGAGAAAUCACAAAACUGAAUGAAGGUACCAAAAUUUACAUCAAUGUGUGUUAUAUGAUAUAUGUUGGAUAGUAAUAUAUAUGUUUCAAAGUAAUAAUUUUGUAUAUAUUUUAAAUAAAGUAUUAUGGCUCU